AGCAAGUAGGGAUAGAAUGUAGAAACAAAACAGAAGCACAACAUCAUCAUAUUUUAGAUGAGCCCAGCGCAGGGAAAUCGACAUAUAUACGGCUACAUGAUGAGUUUUCCGGAUUUCAAUUUGCCACAUGUAAGAAACACACAUACAUAGGGUGUGACUUUGGAAGGAGAGAACCCACGCAGACAAAUACAAACUCCUCCUAAAAAGAGCUUGGUCGGGGUUCAAACCCAAGACCCUGUUAAACAAUAAUUAAUAUUUGUUCAAAUAAACAAAUGUUAAAGGAAAUGAAUGUGGUUCUAACUAUUCUUUUGAUGGAUAAAUUGCUCACAGUUCUCCAUGUGUUUUUUCUUUUUUUAAAUCGGCUUAGUUAUUAUGUAUGGCAUGCUGCAAUUCAGUCACGGUUUGCUUUUUAAUUUGUCUUCUAUUUAAUUUAGGUCUAUAUUUUUGACACUCUUCCAGCAUAAACAGGCUUUCCUAUAGGAUGUGUGUAAAAUCCGAUUUAUCUUGAACGCGUCAACUGCUUUCGUCAUUACGCAUAAGACGUCAGCUAGUUGUCCAAUCAGGUGCGGGGCUCCUAGCUCAGGAAAGAAGCAGAUGAUAUGGCAGCUUGAAAGCGACCAGGUGGAACUUGCUUCGUUGACACGAUUAAAUGUUUGUCUAACGCAUUUGACUCAGACAGACAGCAGUGGAAGCGACGGCUCGAAAUGAUUUACUUAAUACUGAUCUCUGCGUUUUGUGGAGCGGUCGUUACGCUGAUGCUACAGUUCUUGCUGCUAUACAGGAGAAAUCCAGAGCCCUUAGGUAGGAUCGUUCAGUAUGUCAAAGUAGUACCCGAUAACGCACUAAAAGAUUACUUAAAUGCCCCUCAGGCCGAACCGAGCCAGCAGGACAGCGGUGCAGCUGCUGCAUCCAAACCGCUGGAGGCCACCCUCAGCCGGCAGCAGGAAGCGGCUGUCACCGGCGGCAGCCCCAAACAACAACAGCAGCAGCCGCCGCCUUUCCACAGCGAACUCAUAGAUGCUGGCAAAACGGAAACAUGCAAUUUCCUUAAUGCGAUCUUCUUGUUUCUGUUCAGAGAGCUUAGAGAUACUCAUGUGGUCCGGCACUGGAUGACCAAAAAGAUCAAGGUGGAGUUUGAGGAGCUGUUGCAGACCAAGACAGCGGGUCGGCUUCUGGAGGGACUCAGUCUCAGGGAUAUUUCUCUGGGGAAUUCUCUCCCGGUCUUUAAAACAGCGAAACUCAUCAAACCGGUGCAACUGGACGAGGACGGCAUGCCUGAGGAGCUCAACUUCGAGGUGGAUAUCGAGUACAAUGGCGGCUUCCACUUGGCCAUAGACGUGGACCUGGUGUUCGGCAAGUCUGCCUACCUGUUCGUCAAGAUGAGGCGCGUGGUGGGCAGGCUCAGACUGCAGUUCACGCGCAUGCCCUUUUCCCAUUGGUCGUUCUCGUUCCUCGAGGACCCGCUGAUAGAUUUUGAGGUGAAGUCGCAAUUUGAAGGGAGGCCGCUGCCUCAGCUGACCUCCUUCAUAGUCAACCAGCUGAAACGGGUCAUCAAGAAGAAGCACACCCUGCCCAACUACAAGAUCAGAUACAAGCCCUUCUUUCCAUUCCAAGUGCAGGCUCCAAUGGGUUCAGCUUGUGAUUUGGAUCUGUCAGUCCAGGACAGCAGGCUGGUGGAAGGCAAACUCAGAGUCACUCUUAUUGAAUGUAGCAGACUGUUCAUCCUGGGCUCGUACGACAGAGAAACCUAUGUUCACUGCACCCUGGAACUGAGCAGCCAGCAGUGGAAGGAGAAGACACGCAGCUCCCUCAAACGGACGGAGGUUAUCAAGGGACCAUGUGGCACUGUGGGGAUGACAUUCAGGCACAUUUCUGCCUGUGAAGGGGAUGCUAUACAUGUCAGCAUAGAAACAGUAAUACCCAACUCCCCUGCUGCCCUGGCUGACCUGCAGAGGGGGGAUCGCCUCAUUGCUAUCGGAGCCAUGAAAGUGACAUCUUCAGUUCAAGUGUCCAAACUGUUGAAACAAGCAGGAGACAGGGUUGUGGUAUUUUAUGAGAGACCAGUUCGUCAUCACACUCCUUCUUUAGGAAACCUUGGAACUCUACAAGAGGGACUUGGUCAUCUAGAGGAAACAGGUUUAAUUCCUCAGCCAGGAGGUUAUGAGGAAGACCCAGCUCCUAUAACCACACUUUCUGAUAUAUCUGAUAGCAAAGACAUGGACUCUGAGUUUGAAGAGUUGAUAUUGGAAAACAAAACCAGCCAGCCUAGUGGACCCAGCAUAAGUACCACAAAUAGCAGUGACACCAAGGAGGAUUUCUUACUUGCUGUUAACCAAAGUCCUAAAAAAACAGUGGCCAACUUGGCUUCCAAGCCCCUUGGUACUAUAUCACCCAUACUGAACCGAAAGUUAAACCUUGUUGGACUGCAGUCUCCACUAAAGCCCCAGCCCAAGGAAACGCCCAGACCUUCACCCCAUAAAACUAGUAAUGAACCAGGUGAGAGUUUGCACCGGCUCACUGUCGUUCCUCCACCCUCUCCCUUACGUCCCCCGGUGCCACCAAGACCACCAAUAAGGUUGACAUCUGCAUCCUCAGAAACCAGUCUUCUGGAUGGUAUUGAUUUAGUUACAAACACUGUUGUUACUGCUGCUCCUACUAUGGCUACGGCCACCAGUGCUUCUGAAAAAUCUUUAGAAAAGGUCUUGGUUUGUGGAGCCAGUGAGGAUAAGAGUGGCACCGAGAAGACCUGUAUCAAACAGUCUGAAGGAAAACAGUUUAUAAAGGCAGCAGAAUCCAGUGAUGAGAUGCUCAGUUCUUGCCCUGUUACCAGCAACAAGGCAGAUCAAGCAAAGGACAAAGUUUCAGAAAGUUCCUACAGCACCAGAGACAGUCAAGAUAAUCACUCACUCUGGGAAUCCCCUGAAACAAUGUUUAGUAAACAUACAGCACGCUGGUGCAAGGCGUCCAUGGUGUUUGAGGUGGAGACCAGCCAUAAGUAUCUCAAUGUGGCCCUGUGGUGCAAAGAUCCCUUUAAGUUAGGUAGUCUGUUGUGUCUGGGUCAUGUCAGCCUCCCGUUGGAGCAUAUAGCUCUGGAAUGUAUGGCCACAUCUUCUGCAGAGUACCAGAGCACCUUUAGGUUGGGGCCUCCAGAGCCAAAAGCAAAUGUCAGCCGCACAGCACUACGCAAUCUAAGCAUGCACAAGGGUUUCAAUGAGAAGCUAUGCUAUGGAGAUGUUACCUUAAACUUCUGUUACUUGGCUGAGGGGGAGUUGGAGUGUCCAUUGGGGUUGACUGAAAGGGAGCGAGAGGGAAGCCUUCAUGAUGAUGAUUUGAAGGAGAAAGAACCUACUCUCUCAUUACCACGUGAUGAUUUGGCUUACAGCACCUUGCAGUCACCAGAAGUCCGUCAUAACUUCCAGGACACCCAGUUCCAGAACCCUACCUGGUGUGAAUACUGCAAAAAGAAAGUUUGGACCAAGGCAGCCUCACAGUGUAUAAUUUGUUCCUAUGUUUGCCAUAAGAAGUGCCAGGAUAAGUGCCUUUCUGAAAGUCCCCUGUGUGUGGCAACGGCUGAACGUCGAGGCGCUGACCCAGAAGCCAAAUCCACCAUAAACCGGGCCACUGGGUUAACGCGUCACAUCAUCAACACCAGCUCACGUCUGCUUAAUCUUCGCCAGGUUCCCAAGACACGACUUGAGCAAGUAACUGACAUUUUGCCCGGAGCUGUGGAGCCUUCCCCUAAGCAAACACCAAAUACAUCUGACAACGAGAGUAGUGAUACUGAGACCUACACUUGUGGAGCAAGCCCAUCAAAGCAGCCAACUGGCAGCAGUGGCACCAGUAAACUUGUACGGAAGGAAGGUGGCUUGGAUGACAGCGUUUUCAUUGCUGUAAAGGAGAUAGGCCGUGACCUGUACCGAGGGCUGCCCACAGAUGAGCGCUCACAGAAGUUGGAACUUAUGCUUGACAAACUCCAGCAGGAAAUUGACCAGGAGCUGGAGCACAAUAACGCCCUGAUGAUGGAGGAGAAGGAGGCCACAGAUACACGGCGAAAGGCCCUAAUCAGUACUGCUCUGGCCAAGUCAGGAGAGAGACUUCAGGCACUCACUCUGUUAAUGAUUCACUACCGAGCAGGAAUAGAGGACUUGGAGUCGGUGGAGAGCAUGUCUCCUUCAGAGCAGCAAGGCUUUAAAAGCAAAGCUGAGAGUCUGGAGGAAGAAGUCCUGAUGGAACCAGAGGUGUAUGACAGUGACAUAUGCAGCCCUGUGGAGGUGCAGUUGCUUGAUGACAUUAGUGAGGAGCAGAUCUGUGUGGAGGCACUCCAUUAGAACAACUUUGGAAAAGUAACAUGGAUUCCCCUGUUGGAAUGGGUUUUGGCUUUACAGCAAAAAUUAUGUCCCAGUUAUAAUUUUAAUACUGGGGAAUUUACCAAGUCCAUCUUACAUAGGUGGACAGUGAGAUUGUUUUAUUCACACUUCUUUUCUUUCCUUUUUUUUUUUUUUUUUUUUUUUUUUUUUUUUUUUUUUUUUUUUUUUUUUACAUGUCAAGGAAAUUAUGGUUGUUUUGCACAGUAUGAUUCCAUUGCAAGACUUAGAUAUCUAAAUCUUUAGGAGCUGUAGUGUCUUUUAUGUUCAUUAUCUCCUCUUAGAUGUGUUGUGUUUGUCCUUCUGUUUUUGUUUCAGAUUUUCACUGGAAUGCUUUUUAUCUUGCUUUGGUUGAAGGUCUGUGCAAAAAUUUGCACAUUUCCUAAUUUCUGAGGAUGGAUAACAAUAACUGGCAAAUAUUUGUUUGCUGUGAUAAACUCACCUUGGCAAACAGGCUGAUCUGAAGUAGAAAACAGCAGAUAUAGACAUCCCCAGCAAGCCAUCCUGCGUUUGUCCAAUAACCUAUGGUUGCAUUCAUCCUUGAUUCUUAUUUUGAAAAGAUUCUUGCAGAUAAAUGUUGACAAUUUUGGCUGCAGCUCAGCCUGCUCCAAAAAUGCAUAUUCAUUUUUGUUGUGACAUGCAUAAGUAGUCUUUUUUUCUUUAAGUGCUUGAGUGUGUCUAGUUUAUUUUAUACAUCUAAUGAUGCAAAUUGGAAUUACCCCAUUCUUCAUUUUAAAAUCUGUUAAUAUGUACAUUGUUAUAAAUUCUCACUGUUUAUUAAUUUCUCGUGUUUAAAACACUUCUUCACCUAAGCUCCUCCAUUGUUUAUUUGCUUCAUUAUAAAAACUGCAGUGGAUGCAACAGUAAUUCUUUUUGAUGGUUCGUCGUAUUUCUUUGAAUGCCACAUGAGCACAUGUAAAUGGUUUUUGAAGCUUAUUUAAAAAGUUUACUUUAAUAAAUGUAGGUGGAAUUAACUUCAUGUGCAUCACACACUUUUUGCUUUAGAAUUACUGCCCGGAUGCAUGUAUAUUUGUUUAGUGUGUUAUGUGUGCUUACAGUUUUGUUGCCCAGCCUUUAGACAUCCUUUUUAAUGAAAAACAUCUGGUAAUGAAGAUCAUUACAGCCAGAACAUAUUGUUUCUAAAACAUGUUUGGCACUCAACAAAUUUUUUUAUUUCACAUUACACUGUCACUCUGUGCUGCACAAAGGGAUGACCAGCAGUAGCUGCAGCUUCCAUGCACGUAUUAAGAUGCAUUUACCUCUUGGAAAAGACAAAAAGUCUUGCGACGUUGAGCAAGAGAAAUAAUGGACAAAAAGAUCUGAAAGAGAUUUUUGAAACGUCCUUUGGCAGUUAUUUGCCCAAGGAUAAUGAUUUUUGCAGAAUGAUACUUUGCCCAACUUAAGCACACAUACACAUUCACACACUGCUUAACUGUGUGUGGCAGAUAUUAUUGGAAGUAUUUCUGUUGCAAAUAAAGUAGAUGAUCAGGAAUAACUCCUAUUGUCUCUGAUCCUGUCAUUAAAACUCCCAAAGGAGUAGCUGGCUUCAUAACCAACAUCCUACUGCUGUUACAAUAUUCUUUUACAAAGAUCACCUCUGCCCCUACUCUCAUCCUCCCCACUGCCCCUGGUCUUAUCAGGAGCUGUAUGACCACCACAGCUUUCAGCAGGUUAAUAUGUUUAUUAUUUUUAGUGUGUAUUUUGGGGGUGUUGUAUAAAGAUUUGGAGAAAGACUUGUAACAGAGCUUUAUUGUACAUAAGUUCAAUAAACAGGAAUGUGUGAAUUCCA